ACUCCUGUCAAGUUUCAAGAGAAAAAGUAAUUAUGCAACUUGUGUCUAGCUUAAUCUGAACGAAGAUCAUGGCAGGUCUAAACUAGACAAAUUAUGCAUGCAGUACCUAUUAUAUUGGUAUAAUUUAAUUAGUUGAAAAUGUCAUCUUUGUUUCAGUUUUGUUGUGUUCAUAGCUGAUUUCAUUUGGGGGGUAUCAAAUCAUUGCUCCGUUUUCGAGAUUAUACAACCAAAUGCCAAGCAAAAUGUAUCAGAUGCAUUUUAAGAUCAAUUUUGUGGACAAACCAUGCACUAUUGUUAUGAAGCUUAAACGUUGGGAAUGCAAGGAAUGUAAACCAAAUAGUCUCCCCAUAUUGCAUAAGAUGCAUGUUAAAGUGGGCGACACUGUGAAAAUUAUCUCAGGUCAUGAGAAAGGUAAAAUUGGAGAGAUUACUCAGGUUUUCAGGCAUAACAGUACUGUAAUCAUAAAAGACAUGAACUUGAAGACAAAACACAUGAAGAGUACAGAACAGGGUGAGCCAGGGCAGAUUGUGAAGAUUGAAGCACCUAUUCACAGCUCAAAUGUGAUGCUUUACUCGAACGAAAAACAAGUAGCGAGCAGAGUGGGGCAUAAAAUCCUUGAGGAUGGGACCAGAGUUCGUUACCUCAUUAAGACCGGUGAGAUAAUUGACAGUGCAGAGAACUGGAAAAGGGUGAUUAAAGAAAGAAAGAAAGAAAGAGAAGAAAAAUCCACUUAAUGUGAAGCAGCUGAAGUUCUCUUUGUGUAUGUGCUUGUCAGCUCCAUCGCAUAUGUUUUUGAUAUCCUGCACUCACAAUUCUUGCCCAUUCAUAAAUAUUUUGUUUCAGGUUGUGUUUUCAACUAUUCCAAGGUUUCUUCAGUAACAUAUUAUACAUUACUGUAACCUUUUGACUUUUCCAUCGACAUGUUUGCAUUCCAGAAUGACUUGGUUUCUAUUUUA